UAUGAUACAGGUCUAUCACUCACUAUCGAUGAGGCUGAUAGGGUCUAUGUCCCCCAGGGUACUGCCUCCGAUAUAUGGAACCAUACCCAGGAUACCCUCCGAUAGUAUGGGGGACAUAGACCCUAUGAGCCUCACUAUCACUCAAAAACUGAAUUUAUUGUUCAAUUUCAAACUUAUUAUUUUGAGAAACUCAGAAAGGUCAUCUUCCUUGUGAAUCGUGAUUAUUGUCUAUUAGCUCGUAUUUAUUUACAUAUAUAUUCUACUUGUACAUUUGCAGGUAGAUACUAGAGUCUAGAUCUUCAAGUUCAAUACUUAGUAACGUAGUUGGCAUAAUACACUGUCAAUAUCAGUGUGUGAGUUGUCAACAUCGACAAUCAUUAGUACAUUACUGUCAGUGUCAGGAUGUCAUCGCAGCAACGAACUCUCCCACAGAGCAAAGAUGCCCUUUUGAAAUCUUACCAGAAGCGACUAAAAGAUGACGUUUGUUCGAUCCUUGCUAACUUUACAGAAAUAAUUAAGCUUGCAAAAACGGAGGAGGACACACAAGUGGCGAGAGCGACACAUGUGGAGCAGGAUCACCACGAGAUGUCCGUGCGUGCCGCCAAUGUCGUGCGUGCCGGCGAAUCACUGCUGAAGCUCGUUUCCGACCUGAAGCAGUUUCUCAUCCUCAACGACUUUCCGUCCGUCAACGAGGCGAUCACGCACAACACGAACCUCUUCCGAAUGAUGAUGAAUGAUUGCGACAGCAAGCUGAUGAAUAUUCGCGACGACAUGGCCGCGUAUCUCUAUGAACUCGAGGAAGAUUAUUACACGUGUCCGUUUAAGUGAUUCGCCUUUUCUUACAGAGCCU